AUGACGAAAAGAACUGGUCGCCCUCGUGUCAAGAAGACUCUUGAAGAAAUCGUUAACAACGAUGAUGCAUCAUCAUCGCUCUCCAACGACCACUCACAUGAUGGCAGCAGACACUCAGAGAAUUUUAAUUCGUUAUCGGAAUUCAAAAAUCAAUUUUUAAAACAGGAGAAAUACCAAAGGAUAAUUGACUCAUCAAUUCGUGCGUUUGAAGAAAUUAUCAAUAUGCGAUCUGAAAUGGAAGAAAGUUCUCAUACUGAACAGUUGAUUGUUGAAGAAUUGAAGAAUAUUUAUGAUAAUUUUGAAAAUGGUACUUUGAAAUGCAUCUCUCCGAUUCUAGUUGUGAAAACAACUCAAAGCAAACUAAUGGAUCCUUUCUUUAUCAAAGAAACUGAUGACAUGAUGAGUAUCUCAAGCGACGAUGAAGAGGACGACUACACGAUCAAGCGAACAUCUGAAAUGCAACCAUUGGACGUAUUUGAGGUUUGCGUUUUCAGAUCUGAAUCGAGAUAUGCUACUGUCAAGUCACUGUUGAGCUAUUUACAAUCGAAAUAUGACAAACCUCAAUUUUCUGAUCUUUUGGGAGAAGUCAAACGAAAAUCGAAAUGCGGGAUAAUAUUUAUAUUUGAAAAUGCUCAUGUCAUUGACGCAAUUACCCAAUGGAUUGAUAUAUGUAGCCAUUAUUCUCAUCUAAUGCCGAUCAUUAAUAUUUUACGUGUGGACGAAAAAGGAAAAGACGUGUUGGAAGGAUUGAUUACAGAUAUGAGCAAAUUCACGAUCAAAGUGUUCAAAACUCAAUCCAUGACAAAGCCUCUAUUUAUGAGAUGUAUGGACGAGCUCUUUAUUCAAAAGAAUUACAAUAUUUGCCUGAGACCGUCUUUUGAUAUCAUAACUUUUUUGAUUAAUAAUUUCUCUACAAUGCGGAAGUUUUCGAUUACUCUAAAGCAACUAUAUACUAGGCAUUUCUUUUACAGACCUAUUUCGGUUUUCUCAAAGGCCUUUUUCACGUUAGACAAUACAAAGUGUUUGCAAGUACUUUUUUCUGAUGAGCUCUAUCCAAUGCUUCGCGAGUUACCCUCUGUUAAUUCAUUCUUUGGAGAAACCAUUUCUGAAGACCAAGCUCUGAGCUGUAUAAACCAAUUUCGAUUCUUCUUUUAUUUACAUCCAUACAUCAUUGAACUAAUAGAGGUAGCAAUGAAAUGUCUUGUUGUUCUGGAAAACUCUGUGAGAGAAAAGAUUGAACAACGUGACGAAACAAAAAGCGACGAUAUUAUUUCACUGAGAGUGCGUAUUCAUCAGUCCUUAAUUGGUGCUCGAUCUUUUAAAGAGCAAAACUGGUUUAAAAAAAUUAUUCAAGCACUCAAAGGAAAUAUACCAUCAAGCAAUAUUAUUGACUUUCUAGGAUGUUGUCAAGUGAUUAUCGAUGAGAUAAGACGUAGACAACCACAGUUCUAUGAAGAUGAAUAUAAUGUAAUUGUAGAACUAUUUGAAACUGUUACCAUGCCAAAGGAUCAUGACACUUCGUUUGGAAAAGAUAGCACCAUUCCAAUUGAAAUAUUUACCAAAGACGACCAAAAGGAGUGUGACAACGAAAGUGACAAGUCGGAGGAUCUUGUCCCUUCAAUCGAUACAAACCAGCUUAUUCCAAAACCAAAAGACUUCUGCUUUUGCAAUGUUAUGAUUAAGCCUAAAGAAAAAGUGACUUGUACUACGUGUGGAAAUUCUUUCCAUAAGGCAUGUGUUGGGGUUGUCAAUCUUCCAAAUCAAACAUAUUAUUGCGAUUCAUGUAGAAGACAUACAAAUGAGGACUCUUUAUAUUGUUUUUGUCAGCAACCCUCUGAUUUCAGUGAUAUGCUUGCAUGUGAUAAUUGUUGCAAAUGGUUCCAUUGCUCAUGUAUUGGAGAACACAUCGAAAAUUAUCCUGGAGACGUCAAGUAUUUAUGUAAAUACUGUAUAUCAUUGAUUGAAUAUCAAUCAGGAAAGAAUCUGAAAAAAUUAGACACAAAUUGUAAAUGUGGUAAACCAUGUCAGCAAAAUGAAAUGAUUCAAUGUGAACGUUGCAAGAGACAUUACCACUUUGGAUGCAUGAAUUUAACUCUCUCAAUAGUGGAAACUAUUCAAAGAUAUUAUUGUGAUGAUUGUUGCCAAAAAUAUGAUGACGAAAUUGAAUACAAGAAGAAAUCAAACGUUAAGCGAAGAAGGUCAAAUGUGGCAGAAAAAGUUGGCAGCUCUAUUCCUAUGCACAACGUUGCAUCUACUACGUGGGAAAGGAUUCAAAGUCGCCUCCGUACUUUGUUUAUGGAUCUAUUUGCUUCACCUUCCUCAGUGUACAAAGUAGAUUUUAUUUUCAAUGAUAAGGAUGAUCACAAAAAGCCAUGGGUUGAACGAUUGGUUGGAAACGAACUGUUUUUCAUUCAACCAGCCUUUUGUCAAACACUAGAACAAUUUUUGAGACCAAUGACAAGAAGAGAAACAUUUGAGAAUAACCUUGCGUUUUGUCAACCUGUAUUGUUUCUUUCUGAAAACAAAACUGAAAAGUUUUCAGCUCCGGACAUUUACUUGGCCAAACAAGCGUUGGGGCAAUGCAAAAUGAACGCUCGAUAUGAAAUUGAUUAUGAAGAAUGGUUGGAUCGGUUUGCUCAAAUGAAGGGCUCCAAAAAAACUAACACCAAACUCCAAUCGCUUUUCAAUAUGCAAGUACGAGCUCUGUAUUUGAGAGGUGUUAUUGACUUGACGAAAAAUCGUGGUGUGGUGAAAAGAAUAAUUUGA